AUGGGGAUAUUCAAUAACGAAUUGUAACUAUGAUCCAGCAUUACAAGCGUUUUACAUAUGCUCCGACGUACUUUAUUUAAUAGUAACGGUUGGUGCAGCAGCGUUACUAGCAUUUAGAAUCAUAGUGCGUAAGGGUCGAAUUUGGAAGGAACGAUGCUUUUCACCAUUAGAAGGUUACUUAUUGGGAAUCGUCAUAUUCGGCGCCGCACGUGCAUUUACGAAUAUUGUUCAACAAAUGGAUUGGUUUUCGAGCAAUCCCAUAUUGAGAGAGGUUAUUUAUGACUUCAGUUGGUUUCCGGGUGAUCUAACGAUAGCCACGUAUUUGACGGGUAUAUUCAGAACCCUUCCAAAGAUGUCCUUUUACAGAUUCUCCAAUCAAAACACGCCCACAAUCUUUUUACUCAAAGAAUCGCAAAUCACAAGUAUUUAUUGGAAGUUUUCCUUCAUACAUAUAUUGUACUCUCAAACCUUUGCGAUAUUGACAGGUAUUGCGAGACUUCACAUUCCACCGCACACCCCAUCAAAAUUCCUUUGCUUGAUAUUUGGUUUUCAUUGGGUCGGUUACGGUUUGGUGCAUUUAUGUUUUGUGCUGACCGCAGCUUAUUAUGGCAAAAAGUUGGUCGAGUUAACCAAAAAUAGUUUUACGUUGGCCGGUGGUGAUGAUGAAGAAAAUAUAUGCAAUCUCAAUAGCGUAAUCACAGGUAAGGAUAGCAUCAAGUUGGAUGAGUACAAUGUUCAUGGUGAAUACGUGAGGAGCGAAACUUUUAAUUCGGAAGGAAAUAGUAGUAGAAAAUUAACGAAAAAUGAAUGGCAAAAUUUAAGGAUAAGUCAAAACAUAAGAAAGAUGAGAAUAUUAAAUUUCACGUGUAUUUAUACGUUCCUAUGUUAUGGUGUAUCUUUAAUUAUGCUUGCCUUUCUUCAUUAUAGAUUAUUUAAACAACCACAUAUCAGCAAAUCAUUUUUCUUUCUCACAAAUAUCACUACUCCAUUAUGUAUGCUCGUCGCCUUGGCUGGCAUUCUGCAGGCGGAAAUAUACCCGGAAACUUAUGAGUUUAUGGGUCUUAAUUCAAAUAACUCCUCAAC